GGGUGCGGCUGGUGGCUCUGUCGGUAAGAUGGCGGCCGUGAGUCUGAGGCUCGGAGACUUGGUGUGAUAAAAGGAAACGUGUGCUCCAGGCUGUGACAACUGCAGUUUCUCAUCCGAAAAAUUGACAGUGCUGUGAAGUUGUCUAAUUUAUAUAGCAAAGGGGAAGCUGGGCCGGUAUCCUCCAUGGCCAGGAAAGAUUGUUAAUCCACCUAAAGAUCUGAAGAAACCUCGUGGAAAAAAGUGCUUCUUUGUGAAGUUUUUUGGAACAGAAGAUCAUGCUUGGAUUAAAGUAGAACAGCUGAAGCCUUACCACCCUCACAAGGAGGAAAUGAUAAAGAUUAACAAGGGUAAGCGUUUUCAGCAAGCUGUGGAUGCUGUAGAGGAGUUUCUUAGAAAAAACAAAGGCAAGGACCAGGCGUCUUCCCAUAACUCCAAUGAAGAGAAGAAUCGGCGUAAUUCCAGUGAAGAAAGAGGCAAGCAAUCUGCUGGUGAAGAGAAACGCAAAGCCAGUUUGUCUGAAGGGAAGUUGAAGAAGGGCACAGGGGAAGGAAAAAAGAGGGUCUCUUCUGUAUCGUCAGAGAGAGGAUCAAAAUCACCUUUGAAAAGAGCCCAGGAUCAGAGCCCCCGAAAGCGGGGGCGUCCACCGAAGGAUGAGAAGGACCUCACAAUUCCAGAGUCAAGUACAGUAAAGAGAGUGAUGACUGGAACAGUGGCUGGAUUUAAAUGGCCACCAAACGUCAGUGAGCCUGUGAAGGACAGUGAUCCACACUUUCAUCACUUCCUGCUGAGCCAGACAGAGAAGCCAGCUGUCUGCUAUCAAGCCAUCACAAAGAAGUUGAAGGUUUGUGAAGAGGAAACAGGAUCCACCUCCAUCCAGGCAGCAGACAGCACAGCAGUCAAUGGCAGUAUCACACCUACAGACAAAAAGAUAGGAUUUCUGGGACUUGGCCUGAUGGGAAGUGGCAUUGUCUCCAACUUACUGAAGAUGGGUCACACUGUCACUGUCUGGAACCGGACUGCUGAGAAGUGUGAUUUGUUCAUCCAGGAGGGGGCACGGCUGGGAAGAACCCCCGCUGAAGUUGUCUCCACCUGUGACAUCACCUUUGCUUGUGUAUCAGAUCCAAAAGCAGCAAAGGAUCUGGUACUUGGUCCAAGUGGAGUGUUGCAGGGGAUUCGCCCAGGGAAGUGUUACGUGGAUAUGUCCACUGUGGAUGCAGAUACAGUCACAGAGUUGGCUCAGGUGAUAGUGUCCCGGGGUGGUCGCUUUUUGGAAGCACCGGUCUCAGGAAAUCAGCAGCUAUCUAAUGAUGGGAUGCUUGUGAUCCUGGCAGCUGGCGACAGGGGUUUAUAUGAGGACUGCAGUAGCUGUUUUCAAGCGAUGGGGAAGACCUCUUUUUUCCUAGGUGAAGUAGGCAAUGCUGCCAAGAUGAUGCUGAUUGUCAACAUGGUCCAAGGCAGCUUCAUGGCAACGAUAGCAGAAGGACUGACUUUGGCUCAAGUGACUGGCCAGUCCCAACAGACCCUUCUGGAUAUCCUCAAUCAGGGACAACUUGCCAGCAUCUUCCUGGACCAAAAGUGCCAAAAUAUCUUGCAAGGAAACUUUAAACCUGAUUUCUACCUGAAAUACAUACAGAAGGAUCUUAGAUUAGCUAUUGCACUGGGUGAUUCUGUCAACCAUCCAACUCCCAUGGCAGCUGCUGCCAACGAGGUCUAUAAACGAGCAAAAGCAUUGGACCAAUCAGACAACGACAUGUCUGCAGUGUAUAGGGCCUACAUCCACUAGGCUGCACUGUUCUUACUGUUAAUACUAUGAUUAUUGAUUAAUAUUAUUAUGAUACUGGGUUUUAACUCUGGACCAGUCCAUCUCUGUCUCUCCAUUUCCUUUUAUACACAGACUUUGAGAUCUGCCACGGAGGCAACUGCUGUGGUGAGCCUUCCCCUGGUGGCAGAAGGGGGGGAGGAGGGGGCUCGGAUUGUUGCAGUCUAAUUAGAAAAAUCCAUGCCAUGCACUGACAGUCAUGGAACAGAACAGUGGCGGCUUGUUGAGAAGCUCUGAGGCAACUCUGCCAGAAAUCUGCUGCUUGGCUGCUUUUAUUUUCCUUUUUGUAUGCUUGUCCAAGAUGCUGUUUCUAAUGAUCCCUUUUCUCCUUUGCUGUGAAAUGUGUGUGUUGGACUCUUUGCAUCAAGGGGACAGGUGACAUACAUCCCAUCUACCUGUGAAUAUCACUAAAGUCCUUGGUCCCAAGUAAGGUGAGGAGCAUUCCUGUUAAUUAGCCACUGUUAGAGAACAAAGCACCUCCCAUGGAGGAGAAUGGCAGUUUCAGAAGGUAAUGGGCUUGCAUGCAACACUGUCUUGAUUCUGUUUCUUUUUAAACUUCCACCUCCCCAGCACUCUGUUGGAGAAAUUCCCUUGUAUUGUUAAGAAGAACAGAUUGUAUCCAUGUCUUCCCCUGAACAGACAACUAUAGCUUAGGAAAUGCCAGUGUAAAUAAGCCUCCUAAAAGGCUGAUCACAGCUGCCCGUCCUGCAAACAGCAUUGGAGAUCAACACAGUUGCGUAGAAAACUGCAAGAGAAACACAUAGCCUAAAACGGGGCCAGAGAUACUUUAUUUGGAGAAGGAACAAACCUUAGGGUUGCUCCUGGCCUUAGUUUAUUUUGCUUUACUUACUGCUUUUUGUUAUUUACUCUUGUAUUCAAUAAUUACAAAGGUGUCUUGGAUCGUAGCAGUGUCACAAGCAGAGUGAUAAGUCUGAAAGGCAUGAGGAGAAUGAUCAUAGAGUGAAGAGAUUGAGAAUCCUGAGCUCCUUUCCACACUCACUCUCUGGCCUUUGCAUGGUAGUUAUAUCUCUUAGCCAGUUUGCCCAUCUUUAAAGGUGGGUGAUGAUUACCUACCUCACAGGGAUAUUUUUGUGUACUGAUUGGUGAUCUUUAUACAUGUCAGAUUUUCCAUAUAUGUUCUUAGUGUUACUACUCUGGGUUCCAACACUAGCACAGCACGAGACUUUUCCCUGUACCUGUGACUCUGCUUGUGGUCAGAUACCAACUUCUAGAAUAACUAGUAAAUAAAAUGGGAGGCUAAGACAACUGUUGAGCUUUAGACUAGAAACGUGGGACUUUAACUGCAGAUGCCAAGGCUAGAGAGCAGAGAUGCUCUCAGUGUUGAUAGCAGAGCAACACAGUCCAAAGGAUGCCUGUCUCUAAAAAUGCACAGAGCAUGCAUUGUUUGUUUUUAAAUUGUUCUCAGUGUUAGCCUUUUAGGAGGGUUCUUGCAUUUUAGAUUUGAGAGUUAGUAAAGUGCCAGUAAGAAGUUUUAUUGGCCAAAAUCACUUCUCAGUGGCACAAUUUCCUCCCUUGAGCUGGGAUUCUUAAAUGAAAGAAAGCAAGUUCAAAUUAGACUGUUCCUUUUAAUCUGUGAGGUCUGUCCCUCCCACCGUCUUAUUUUUCUAGGAACUUAAUGGCUGUGUAGGGAAAUUUUCCUGUGUGGGUUAGGAUUUCUUACCAAUCGUGCUUUGCAGCAAGUGCAUAUGGUUCAGGGGCACGGUAUUAAGAAACAGAUCAGUUUCAAAAGUAUCAGAUACUCAUUACGGAUCAUGACAUCUAAUGCUGUAAGUGUUACUCUGUUGAAUACUUCACCUCCUGUGAUCACUAUUAUUUGUGGGCUAAUACUGUGUUAUGCAUUAUGUCCUGUGGUGAACAUCUAGUAAUUGAUCUGUUAGACAUCACUUUGCCCGUUUGUCAGUAGUAUAUGUGAACAAUACUAGUUAUACAUACAUGUUUCUUUGGCAGUACAACUGUCAUUCUGCAUGUAGAUCUUCAUAUUAAAGGCACAUAUAACUACCCAGGAUAAACAGCCAUUAGCCUGCUUUUGACAAAGUUUUGCUUCCCCCAUCCCGGACUCAGCAGGUAGCAUCAGAAUUCCUUGGUUAAACAUGCCGCAGUUAAGAAUCACUUACAUGAAUUCUAUAUUGAGGGCAUCUGGGGGAAAUUGUGGUUUUGGGGACAGGAGGUAAAACCUUAGAGUGUAAGAAAUCUUUUGGAAGGAAGAGGGAAGUACUGUUUCUGGUCCGGUUGAGAGUCAAUCAGUGCUGAGCCAGUGCACCAGUGUCCCCACCCUGUCCCUGUGGAGGUCUCUUGGAGCAGAGUGAAGGUGAAUGGGUCUGAGCAAAGGUAAUGGAGGAUCUCCCUUUUUUUUUUUUUUUUUUUUUUGUGGUGGUGCCUCUGUAUAGAGUGAGAAUACAAAAGAGUCUUUCAAGUCCUGUGACACGUAUUUCAUAGUGAAUUCAAAGAACUGCAUUUGAGAGGGAGGACCACUCCCUGGGCAACUCACUGCUGCAGGUUUUGUUUUCCAGCAAUACUGUAGUUCUCAAAAUGGAGAUCAUUAUUUAUGUGGGAGUGGCAGGUGUGGACUAGUUAAACACUGUAAUUUAUCCUGGGAAAGUGUGACUGCAGCUUUCUGGUGAGGUAGGUGGAUGUAGAGUGGCUGGAGGAUGUGGUGCUGCCCAGCCAA